AUGAGAAGUUACAUAAGUGCUGCAUUUGCGGUACUUUUGCUGUUGGCUGAAAUUAUUGCACAAAUUCAAUUAUGUUUGUGUGCAAAUUCAACGGUCCCAUGCAUAGGAAAAGAGAGAGAGGCCCUUGUCAAAUUCAAAGCCUCCCUCAUCCAAGAUGCUUCAUCAAACAGGCUUUCCUCAUGGAGAGGUGCUGAUUGUUGCAAAUGGGAAGGAAUAGAGUGUGACAAUGUGACCGGACAUGUUCUCAAACUUGAUCUCCGCAAUCCUUGUUCCCGACCAUCUUCGCUGACAGAAGAUCAAAUCUUCGUCGCUCCACAAGAGUGUGAUUAUGAUGACACUUGGUACCACCUUUCCGUACGAGCUCCAAAUGUUGAUCCAAGUCUGUUGCAGUUGGAACACUUGACUUAUUUGGACUUACGUGGAAAUGAUUUCAGUCAGAGUCAAAUACCAAUGUUCUUCGGUUCUAUGCGACGUCUCAGGUAUCUUUCUCUCUCUCAAUCAAAUUUUGGUGGCAGGAUUCCAAGCACCCUAGGGAAUCUCAAGAACCUGCGCCUUCUUGAUCUCCGUUGGAAUGAUGAUUUAAAAGCCAAUGACAUCAAUUGGGUCUCUAAACUUGAGUCAUUGGAACACCUUGACAUGAGCGGUGUUUAUCUCGGGAACACACACAAUUUGUUCCAGCUACUUAACACGCUUCCUUCCUUGUUAAGUAUUUACUUGCGUGAUUGUGGUAUUCACAAUUCACUCGUUCCUCUCCAUGCUUUCCAAAACAUGACAUCUCUUGUGCAUCUUGAUUUUUCAUGGAAUAGGUUAAAUGGAUCAAUUCCUGAUGCUUUCAGAAACAUGACUUCCAUUCAAUUCCUUUACCUUCCUGGAAACAGUAUCACUUCAAUUCCGUCAUGGUUUCCUGGCUUCAACAAGCUUGUGCAUCUUGAUCUUUCAUACAAUGACCUUCUUGGUCUUAUUCCUGAUGCUUUUCAAAACUUGACUUCUCUUCGGUUCCUUUACCUUUCUGGAAACGGUUUCACUUUAGUUCCUUCAUGGUUUGCUGGGUUGAAGAACCUUGUCCACGUUUACCUUAAUGGCAAUAAUAUAACUUCAAUUCCAUCUUGGUUUCCAAACUUUGACAAACUCAUGUAUCUUGAUCUUUCAGACAACAAGCUUCAUGGCCCAAUUCCUGAUGCCUUCCAAAAUAUGCCUUCCAUUAAGUUCCUCGACCUUUCAGAGGACCAUUUCACUUCCGUUCCAUCAUGGUUUAAUAUCUUUAAGAAACUUGAGUUUCUUGAUCUUUCAUCCAAUAGGCUUCAUGAUCAUUCUGAUUUCAGUAACACGUUAUCAGACAUUGGUAAACCAAGAUUUCUUGAUCUUUCUUUGAAUGGGCUUGGUGGUGCAAAUCCCCGUGCUUCAAGAAACAUGUCAUCACUUGUGUAUCUUGAUCUUUCCUGGAAUUGGCUUCGUAGUCCAAUCCUUGACAGUUUAAAAAAUAUGACUUCCAUUCAAUUCAUUUACCUUGGUAACAACAAUAUUACUUCAAUUCCACCCUGGUUCGGUGACUUUGACAAACUUCUGUAUCUUGAUCUUUCCCACAAUGGGCUUCAAGGUCCAAUUCCUGAUACCUUCCAAAAUAUGCCAUCCAUUGAGUUCCUAGACCUUUCAGGGAACCAUUUCACUUCGGUCCCAUCAUGGUUUCAUAUCUUCAAGAAACUUAAGUUCCUUGAUCUUUCAUCUAAUAGGCUCCACGGUCCAAUUCCUGAGGCAUUUCGAAACAUGACUUCCAUUCAAUCUCUCGACCUUUCAGACAACGGUUUCACUUCAGUUCCAUCAUGGUUUGCUGAGUGGAAGAGCCUUGUCAAUGUUUAUCUUCGACAAAAUAACCUUACUAUUGUGGAAUGUCCUCUUACAUCAAUUAUCAGCAACAUGUGUCAUAUAAAACGCUUAUAUUUAUCUGGAAACAAGCUUCGAGGAGAAUCAUUGGAACACUACGAAUUAUCUCGAUGCGAUAGUAGGUAUGGGUUGGAGGAACUGGAUUUAAGUGAUAAUGAAUUUAGUGAUGGCUUGCCAACUUGGUUGGGGCAACUUGAAAAUCUGGAGCUCCUGGAUCUCAGUUCAAAUUAUUUCCAUGGGCCCAUUCCCUUCUCUCUAGCAAAACUAUCAAAGUUGAAAAGUAUAUAUCUAUUUGAUAAUAAGUUGGAUGGGACUCUUCACCAAAGUCUUGGGGAACUUGUGAAUCUUCAAUAUCUUGAUCUUUGGAACAAUUCUCUUAAGGGCCCCAUUCCUCAAAGUCUCUAUGAACUUCAAAAUCUACAAUUCUUGGAUCUUUCUUCAAAUAAGUUAGACAGAAUUUCUACGGGAAAAGAAUGGUCUUCAAUUAUGCCCCGUUUAAUGAAUUUGAAUUUUGCCAAUAACAAAAUCAGUGGUUCAUUUCCAGAAAACAUUGGCCACGUAAUGCCCUGUGUGACAGGGUUGUCACUUAGAAAUAACUUCAUAAUUGGUUCAAUACCAAUAUCUUUGUGUCAAAUGGAGUUGAGAAGCCUUGACCUUUCGAAGAACAACCUAUCUGGUGAAAUUCCAAAUUGUUGGAAGGAUAAUGGACAAUGGGAAGAAAUAAAUUUGUCAUCCAACAAGCUAUCGGGUGAGUUUCCAAGCUCAUUCGUGAAUCUUUCCACAUUGUCAUGGUUGCAUUUGAACAAUAACAGUUUUCAAGGGGAGCUUCCAAUGUCUCUGAGAAAUUUGAAGCAAUUGGUGAUUCUGGAUUUUGGGGAGAAUCAACUUUCUGGGAGUAUACCAUCAUGGAAUAAUAACUCCUUUCCUUUACUACAAAUUCUUAGACUGCGGCAAAACAGAUUGAGUGGUAACAUUCCUUCACAAUUAUGCAACCUCACAUCACUGAAAAUUUUGGACCUCUCCCGCAACAACUUAGAAGGAUCAAUACCGCAGUGCAUAGGCAAGCUCAGAGGAAUGACUUUAGACAAAUCAUUGAACAAAGCCAAUAAAAAAUUGGUUCCCUUGUCUAGCAGUGUGGCUUUUCGAUGGGCAUACGAGGAAGUCAAGGAAGUCAUGAAAGGAAUAGAAUUUGAUUAUAUUAAAAUUUUGGAGUUAGUAGUUAACAUGGACUUGUCGGAAAACAGUUUGGUUGGCUCCAUUCCCAAUGAAAUAACUUGGCUCACUGGAUUACAUGGCUUGAAUCUAUCAAACAAUCAUUUGGAAGGAGAGAUCCCUAAGAUGACAGGGGAUAUGAAAUCACUGGAAUCAUUGGAUGUGUCACAUAACCCCCUUUCAGGCACAUUUCCAAAAAGCAUGUCUGCUUUAACUUUACUGAGUCAUUUAAACUUGUCACACAAUAAUCUUUCAGGACCAAUUCCAAAAGAUAAACAAUUCUCAACUCUCGAUGAUCCAUCUAUUUAUGCUGAAAACCCAUAUCUUUGCGGAUCUCCACUUCCAAAUACGUGUCCUGGCGAUGAAUUGCAUCAAGGUGCUGGUAAUGAAGAUGAUGAUGACAGCAAAGAUAAGGUAGAAAAAGUAUGGUUCUUCUUUGUCAUAGCAGUUGGCUUUGCAACUGGGUUUUGGGCAUUUUUUGGAACUCUGUUAUUGAAGAAGAAUUGGAGGCAUGCUUACUUCGGAUAUGUAGACAAGGUUGUAGAUAAGAUGUAUGUAGCAGUACCGGUAAGGGUAAGCGACAAGCUCUUCAAACACUCAGAGAGUUUCACCGACGCUUAUUCCAAGCUUAUUUCUUGGCAAGGAAAGGAUCACUGUUUGUGGAAAGGAGUAGGAUGUGAUGGUAACACCGGACACGUUGUCAAGCUUAUUCUUCGACAAAACGAAUGCCGAUACCCAUAUGCAACUUUCCCCUUGGAAUGCCCGUGUCCAUUAGAAGCUGAUGAUGUGAACCCUUCUAUACUUGAGUUGAAACACUUGAGCUAUCUAGAUUUGAGUGGAAUCUGUUUUCGCUAUGCCACAAUACCAACAUUUAUUGGCUCCAUGAAACAAUUGACAUAUCUUAACCUCGCAUACUGUGGAUUCCAAGGCCAGGUUCCUCCUCAUCUUGGUAAUCUUUCAAACUUGCACACUCUUGACAUUAGUCAAAGCAUGUACUCUGUUAUGAUCAAAUCUUUAUACACUGAUGAUGUGGGUUGGCUUUCAAAACUUUCAUCACUCAAACACCUUGCAAUGAAUGGAGUGUCCCUUUGGAAAGCAAAUGAUCUAUUCCAGGUACUUGACAUGCUACCUUUUUUGUUGCAAGUAGAGUUUCGUGCAUGUGGACUCACCAACAUGAAAUUUCGUCCUACCGGUGCUAAUUCUUCGUUUCUUACUACUGUUCAUGUGCUGAAUCUUGCCCAAAAUUUUCUUUCUGGACCCAUACCUGAUGCUUUUGGAAACAUGACUUCAAUUAGAGACCUCGACCUUAGCGGAAAUUUUCUUACUUCAGUUCCAUAUUGGUUGAACAAUCUUCGUUCCCUUGUCUACCUAGACCUUUCUUUUAAUUCCUUCAAUAGAACUGAAGUGUCUUUGCUAUCUAUCUUGACAAACAUGUGCUCUCUCAGAUCAUUAGAGUUGUCAGACUGCAUGUUUGUUCCAGGAGGGUUGGAACUAGGUUAUGCAAAUUAUUCAGGAUGUAGGAGAUAUGGUUUAGAAGUUUUAGUGUUGAGGGGAAAUAGAAUUAAGGAUAGUUUGCCAAGUUGGUUUGGACAAAUGUGGAAUUUGAAAACUCUUGAUCUUGGAUCAAAUUUAUUCUAUGGUCCAAUUCCAUCAUCCUUUGGAAAUUUGCUGGCCUUGAAAAAGUUAGAUCUUUCAUAUAAUCACUUGAAUGGGUCAAUUCCAACUCCCCUUGGACGAUUGUCUUCUUUAAGUGUUUUAGAUCUUUCUAACAAUCACUUGAAUGGGAGGAUUCCUGAAAGCCUUGGACAAUUGGGGAAUCAAAUGACCUUAAGAGAAGUUAAUAACUCUUUCACCGGUAUCAUAUUUGAUCACCUUGGGGAAUCUAAUUUGAAACGCCUUUAUCUUGGAAUGAAUAAAUUCGAUGGUCCAAUUCCGUUAUCCUUUGGAAAUUUGUUGGCCUUGAGAACAUUAGAUCUUUCAGGAAAUCUUUUGGAUGGCCCAAUUCCAACUACUCUGGGAAGAUUGUCUUCUUUAAGUGUAUUAGAACUUUCAAACAAUCAACUGAAAGGGAGCAUUCCUGAAAGCCUUGGACUACUAGAGAAUCUAACGAUCUUAAGAGUGGCUAAUAACUCUUUAACAGGUAUAAUAGCAGAGAUACGCAUUGGGCCACAAUUUCCUCUACGGGUUCGAACACAAGAACAACUUACAUUAGAUCUUUCAAACAAUCAAAUUAGUGGACCUAUUCCAAAAUAA